UGGAUAUCUGAUCUUUUGCUGAAUUAUCAGAGGAGAAGAACAGACACAGGUUCAGCAGAAGAUUGUACAAUGUCGUCAAUAGCACUGACUGCAGGCUCGCCGCUGGCAGAGACGCUGCAGGCCUCCGUCGGCGAGCGGUUGCGAGCGGACGGGUUUGCUGAGGACGAGACGCCUUUUAUCUCAGAGUUUGUCGUGAUUAUGAUCUGCAACAACAAAGGGCCCGAGCAGAUCAGCAGCGAGCUUACGGAUCUGCUGGGCGCGAACAGGUUCAGUGGCGACUUUAUUGGGUGGCUGUUUGACGAGCUGCGGAGGUUGGCUGGCGGUGAAAGCGGGCAGCAGCAGCAGCAGCAGCAGCAGGAGGUCGCUCCGGCGAAUGAGCAGGGUGGGAGUAGACUGACUGAUGCUAUCAACGUUGAUCUGUCGAAAGCGCCCUCUGCGCCGGCGGCGAUCAGGAAUAGCGCGAACGGCGGCCAGGUCAGGAAAGGCCGGGAUCUGAGGAGCGUGAUGCACGGCGUCCGAGGAAACCAGUUCUCGAUCAACAAGGGUGGCCAGACGCGCCAGCAGUUUAACAACAUGCGCGGUCGGGGCGCGAACAAUUUCAUGAACAACGAGAUGUACAACAGAAUGAACAUGAACUACAACCAAAACCACAACAACAACAGCAACAGCAAUAUCAACAAUUUCAACGGCAUGUACCAGAACAACGGGUAUCAAGACAUGGGCAUGCCACCGGCUCAGCAACAGACGGCCGCGCAGGCAGUCACUCUGUCGCGGUGUCGUCAUUGGCCGUAUCACGACUCGAUCUGCAAGUUCCCGCAUCCGAUGGCGAUCUGCGAACACUACCCAAACUGCCCGAAUAUGCGCGGCACAUGUCCUAAAAUCCACGUGGGCGAAGACAUGACGGCCGAAGACGCGCAGAAAUACAUUGAAUCAAACGGUACCUACGAGUUCACCCCGCUGUACGAGAUGGGCAAUCAGAUGUACGCCCGGCUCCGGGCGCAGAAGAAAGCAGAGAUGAUGCGAAUGGCGCAGGAGAACGAGUUACGGCAACAGGCGCAGCUCAGUCUGCAACGGAACCACAACCAGCAGCGGCAGCGACCGACCAGCAGCACCACCCCGCUGUGCAAGUUCGCGCUGAGGUGCACAAACGCAGACUGCGUGUUUGUCCACCCAACCCCCGCCAACGGCGACGCACUUGUGCUCAGCGCGGAAGCGUGUCCGGAAGGUACGGGCUGCACCGACGAAAACUGCGACAAAGCACAUCCAUCUCCCGCCUCGAUGCGCUCGGCCGCAAGCUACACGGCCGACACGCAAAUGUCCGACGGCGGGUUCAGCAAACCAAACUACCUCGACCCCUGCCGCUACGGCGCGUACUGCACCAACCCGCACUGCAAAUACCGCCACGCGACAUCCACCGUGCUUUGCCGCGACGGCGCCGACUGCACCCGCCAGGACUGCAUGUUCACGCACCCGUUCGCGACACCGUGCAAGUAUGACUCGAAAUGCAUCAACCCGAACUGCAUAUACUCGCACCCGAACGGCAAGGCCAACCUGCCGAAGACACAUGUGUGGGUCGCGGCCAAGAACGGUGAGAGUAACGAGCACGUGAGCGAGCGGUCGUUCGCGGUCGGUGAUGACGAGGUCGAGAAGAUUGCGCAGCCGGAAGCUGGGUCGUCGUCGUCCGCGCCUGCUGAAGUCGGCGCGUGAGCGCAAAAAUCAGUCAGGCUGGUCGACCAUCAUAAAAUGUUUCUCUCUCUUUGUUCAAAAACUGUACACUUUUUCUUUAUGGGUGCUCUCUCGAUUGCUUCAUUUUUUUAUUUUACAUCUCGUGUAUUUUGCUCUGGGUAUCUGUAAUCGUUAUCGGGUAGGAUUUCUUUCUUUCGUCUCUUCUUCUAGCUCUUGCUCUUUCGAGCGCGGCCGUUGUGAAUGGAAUGUCUCUUGGUCAUGAAUGAAUGUAUUAUAGUCAAUUCGAUCAUCUUUUUUCUCUUCUUCUUCAAUUCAGCAGCUAUAGAAACUCAUAUGGAAAGCAAGGAAAGGUAGCUUGACACGGAGGUUGAAGCGCAGGUUAAGUGUCG